GUCUUCCUGCGGUUCGUCGCCUUACUGCAGACCCCCAAUCAUUUAUCCAACAGGCUUCAACUUCCACCCACAACUCCAUCACUCUGUCUUCCACCAUGAAGCAGUCCAGCACUGACACAGGUCAAAAAUGCAAUACAAACCAGCAGGUUAUCCAGCUGCCUCGAGGAUUGACUCUGAGACCUGGUUUGACAACAUUAGCCCACUCCAGAAAUGACAUAUCUAAAAGCAGCAGACCCUCCCCCAAACACACAGUGAUCCAGUCAGGAAAACACUUAGCAGGAACAUUUUCAAUGAAACAUUCUUUCAAGCAGGAUCCGCCUCGUUCUACUACAUUUACAUUCAAGAACAGUUCAGGAUCUUACAAAGAAGAUGAUGACAUUAAUGAUGUAGCCUCCAUGGCUGGAGUCAACCUGAAAGAGGAGAAUGCACGGAUCUUGACCACCAUGGUUGGCUCUGUGGUUCAGUCAUGUCAGGAUCAGCCCUUCCUCUCACCUAACCCUGUGCUCAGCCGAAUCCUUCAUACAGGACAGGCGCUGGGAGUCACUGAUGUCGGUCCAGAGGUGGUGGCUCUGGUUUCUCAUGCUACACAGGAGUGUCUCCGUGGGCUGUUGGAGAAGCUUACUGUGAUGGCAGAACACCGCAAGGCAGGCCUGAAGGAGGACCCGUGGCAUGCCAAAGUGAGUGAUGUACGCUCCCAGCUUCGCUUCCUGGAGGAGGUGGAGAGUUUGAAGAAGAAAAGGAAAGACAAAGAGGAGAGAGAGACUUCUGCGUUUGGCCAGAAGUCGCUCACAUACUGAGGAUCCACUGCAUCAGCAGCUCAAGCAAAGAGCCAAAGAGUUACAACAAAUUGAACAAGCUCAGCUGCAGCAAAGAGAGGCCAACCUCACUGCUCUAGCUGCCAUUGGGCCUCGCAAGAAGAGACCUCUGGAGCAGACUGAAAGCCAGGUUGGUCUGUGUGGUGUUUCCAUUCUGU